AUGGACACUGUCACUGAACACUCCAUGGCUAUCCAUAUGGCACUUUUGGGAGGCCUCGGUGUGAUUCACCACAACUGUUCGGCCGAAGAGCAGGCUGAAAUGGUUAGGAAGGUGAAACGAUAUGAGAACGGGUUUAUCCUCGACCCAGUCGUCAUCUCUCCAAAGACUACAGUCGCCGAGGUCAAGGAGUUGAAGCAGAAGUGGGGAUUCGGAGGAUUUCCUGUGACUGGUAAGUCAUAUAUUUAUAUAUUAUUUAUGUUUUAUCAAACCCCUUCCAAUGAUGUUCUGGUUGGUAUUGUCACCAGCAGGGACAUCCAAUUUCACCCCGAGUUGAGCGAUCCGGUUACCGCUGUCAUGACCACCGACCUUGUAACUGCUCCCUCUGGCACUACCUUAGCUGAAGCCAACGAAGUCCUUCGUGCUUCCAAAAAGGGCAAACUCCCAAUUGUUGAUGAGGCAGGAAAUAUUGUUUCUCUGCUUUCUCGCUCUGACCUGAUGAAGAACCUCCACUACCCACUUGCUUCUAAGCUUCCCGACUCGAAGCAGCUUAUUUGCGCUGCGUCUAUCGGCACUCGUCCCGCUGACAAGGACAGACUUCAGAAGCUUGUUGAGGCUGGCCUUGACGUUGUUGUCCUCGACAGCAGCCAGGGUAACAGCAUGUACCAGAUCGAGAUGAUUAAACACAUCAAGGCUACACAUCCGGAAAUUGACGUCAUUGCCGGUAACGUCGUCACUCGCGAGCAAGCCGCGUCUCUAAUUGCUGCCGGUGCCGAUGGCCUCAGAAUCGGUAUGGGCAGUGGUAGUGCUUGCAUCACCCAGGAAGUUAUGGCAGUUGGCAGACCCCAAGCAGCCGCUGUUCACAGCGUAACUGAAUUCGCCUCACGUUUCGGCGUUCCCUGUAUUGCCGAUGGUGGUGUCCAGAACGUGGGUCAUAUCGUCAAGGCUCUUGCCAUGGGUGCUUCCACCGUAAUGAUGGGCGGUCUUUUGGCCGGUACCACGGAGUCUCCAGGCCAGUAUUUCGUCAGCCGCGAAGGACAACUCGUCAAAGCUUACCGUGGAAUGGGUAGCAUUGAUGCCAUGGAGGAAAAGAAGGCAGGCGGCAGCUCCACUGGUAACAAGAGCACUGCCGGUACUGCCAGAUAUUUUUCUGAGAAGGACAGCCUGCUUGUCGCUCAGGGUGUCUCUGGCUCCGUCCUAGACCGUGGCUCCAUCACCAAGUUCGUUCCAUAUCUCAUUGCCGGUGUCCAGCACUCGUUCCAGGAUAUGGGUGUCAAGAGCUUGCGUGAACUACACGAUGGUGUCGCGAAGGGAACUGUUCGCUUCGAGGUCCGAACUACCAGUGCCCAAGCCGAAGGAAAUGUCCACGGCCUACAUACCUACGAUAAGAAGCUGUACUCUUAA